CUCCUCUGGCGGCCCUGCGCGUGGUGUCCCGUGGCUGCUAUUUGCCAGAGGAUAUCCCGGCACCUCUGCAGCAGCUGGACCACGGCUGCCACCUCUCCGUGAGACUAUUGAUGUCACUGCACCCGGUAUCAAAGUUGAAACUGUUCAGGAUGUAGGCACGUUCUCUUCAGGAUAUGGACCGUUGCUGAGGUUUGGCCAGCAUUUUAUGGCUUCUAGAGUAUUUUCCCAUUGUGUGAGCCGCACUGCAACCUGUCAGCAGGUGGGACAGGUGCAGUUUUGUCUCCACCGAACGGGUGGGGAAGCAGAAGCCCCGGAGGUGAGCGGCUCGCCCUGUGUCACAGGUAGUCCAGGCUGGCGCCUCGCCACCAGAUCAGGGCUUCUGGCUUCCACGUCCACGUCAUGUCUACUACUCAGGCCUGAGCCGGGGCCUGGCUGUUCUGCAUCUGCGACAGCUGUGUGCCCACCAUGAUUGCUCAUGCCUGAGAGCUGGCAUGCUGGAAGCCUGGCUGGCCUGGGAACCUGGGCCGGUCCUAGCUGUCAUGUGACUUUGGGCAAGUCCCUUCCCCUCCGCUUCUGGGCCUCGGUUUUCUCAUCUGUGAAAUGUGGGUAGCGUGAAAUAAGGGUCGUGACCCCAUGGCGUCCUAAGCCUUUGAAGCAGAGCGCAAAGCUGUGGGGAGUGCCUUGGCUACAUCUCCAGCACCCUUCUCUGUGCCCUGUUCACUGGGUUUCGGAUUGACUGAACACCAGGCCUGGGAGAGGAAAAUUGGUCUGCAUUUUGAAAAGGCCGUUAGGGCCCGUUUUUUUCUAAGACAUUUGCAAUCAGAUUUCUCAAAACAGGAACCAGGCUGACUGUCAGCUGGGGGCUGUCCAGGGAGCAGCGACAGUUAGAACAAAAAUGAGUUCAGAAAUGACAAAGCCAUGAGGGAGGAAACGGGGGGGAGUCCGCCUCUGGGGCUCACAACGGCUCUCCUUGGUGGCUGCGGCCUCGAGACCCUCCUGCAGGUUGGGGCUCUGCAAAGUGUCAGGCAGAACCUUUUCUGGAACUCUCUGUGUUUGGGUAAUCUCUCCCCAGAAUGCAUUGCUCCCGAUGGGGCCCCGCCUUGGGUUGGCCCUGCAGGUGUUAGAACCCUGAGAAACGAGAUGUUCCUCUUUUCCUGUCCCCUUUACCAUCUGUGGUAGUGACGAUGCUGAUAGGAACGAUGGUGGAAAUUAUAACAAUUUAUUAUUUAUUAUGACAUCUGUCAUCUCAGUUGAUCCGAAAACCAACCUGUGAAGUUGGCACGGCCAUGCCUCACGUGUAGCAGUUGCUCAAGAAAUAUCAGGACCGGGUGCUGUCUGGAACCAGGCUCAUCCGAAGCGUCAUGCAGAAGUACCUGGAAGACCGGGGCGAGGUGACCUUUGAGAAGAUCUUCUCCCAGAAGCUGGGGUACCUGCUCUUCCGAGACUUCUGCCUGAAACACCUAGAGGAGGCCAAGCCGUUGGUGGAGUUCUAUGAGGAGAUCAAGAAAUACGAGAAGCUGGAGACAGAGGAGGAGCGCUUGGCUCGCAGCCGGGAGGUCUUCGACACCUACAUCAUGAAGGAGCUGCUGGCCUGCUCACACCCCUUCUCGAAAAGUGCCACUGAGCACGUCCAGGGCCACCUGGUGAAGAAGCAGGUUCCUCCGGAUCUCUUCCAGCCGUACAUUGAAGAGAUUUGUCAGAACCUCCGAGGGGAUGUGUUCCAGAAAUUCAUCGAGAGCGAUAAAUUCACACGAUUUUGCCAGUGGAAGAAUGUGGAGCUCAACAUCCAUCUGACCAUGAACGACUUCAGCGUGCACCGCAUCAUCGGACGAGGGGGCUUCGGCGAGGUCUAUGGGUGCCGGAAGGCCGACACGGGCAAGAUGUACGCCAUGAAGUGUCUGGAUAAGAAGCGCAUCAAGAUGAAGCAGGGGGAGACCCUGGCCCUGAAUGAGCGCAUCAUGCUGUCCCUCGUCAGCACUGGGGACUGCCCGUUCAUCGUGUGCAUGUCAUACGCGUUCCACACGCCGGACAAGCUCAGCUUCAUCCUUGAUCUCAUGAACGGCGGGGACCUGCACUACCACCUGUCCCAGCACGGGGUUUUCUCCGAGGCCGACAUGCGCUUCUACGCGGCCGAGAUCAUCCUGGGCCUGGAGCACAUGCACAACCGCUUCGUUGUCUAUCGGGACCUGAAGCCAGCCAACAUCCUUCUGGACGAGCACGGUCACGUGCGCAUCUCAGACCUCGGCCUGGCCUGCGACUUCUCCAAGAAGAAGCCCCACGCCAGCGUGGGCACCCACGGGUACAUGGCCCCUGAGGUCCUGCAGAAGGGCGUGGCCUACGAUAGCAGCGCUGACUGGUUCUCCCUGGGCUGCAUGCUUUUCAAGUUGCUGCGGGGGCACAGCCCCUUUCGGCAGCACAAGACCAAAGAUAAGCACGAGAUUGACCGCAUGACAUUGACAAUGGCUGUGGAGCUGCCCGACUCCUUCUCCCCCGAGCUCCGUUCCUUGCUGGAGGGGCUGCUGCAGAGGGAUGUCAACCGGAGACUGGGCUGCCUGGGUCGAGGGGCCCAGGAGGUAAAGGAGAGCCCCUUCUUCCGCUCCUUGGACUGGCAGAUGGUCUUCUUGCAGAAGUACCCUCCCCCGCUGAUCCCCCCUCGAGGGGAGGUGAACGCUGCUGACGCCUUCGACAUUGGCUCCUUUGACGAGGAGGACACAAAAGGAAUCAAGUUGCUGGACAGUGACCAGGAACUCUACCGCAACUUCCCCCUCACCAUCUCGGAGCGGUGGCAGCAGGAGGUGGCCGAGACGGUCUUCGACACCAUCAAUGCCGAGACUGACCGGCUGGAGGCCCGCAAGAAAACCAAAAACAAGCAGUUGGGCCACGAGGAAGACUAUGCCCUGGGCAAGGACUGCAUCAUGCAUGGCUACAUGUCCAAGAUGGGCAACCCCUUCCUGACGCAGUGGCAGAGGCGGUACUUCUACUUGUUUCCCAACCGGCUGGAGUGGCGGGGCGAGGGCGAGGCCCCGCAGAGCCUGCUGACCAUGGAGGAGAUCCAGUCUGUGGAGGAGACGCAGAUCAAGGAGCGGAAGUGCCUCCUCCUCAAGAUCCGCGGCGGCAAACAGUUUGUGCUGCAGUGCGACAGUGACCCUGAGCUGGUGCAGUGGAAGAAGGAGCUUCGUGACGCGUACCGCGAGGCCCAGCAGCUGGUGCAGCGCGUGCCCAAGAUGAAGAACAAGCCGCGCUCGCCCGUGGUGGAGCUGAGCAAGGUGCCGCUGGUCCAGCGCGGCAGUGCCAACGGCCUCUGACCCGCCCGCCUUUUAUAAACCUCUAAUUUAUUUUGUCGAAUUUUUAUUAUUUGUUUUCCCGCAAAGCGGAAAAGGUUUUAUUUUGUAAUUAUUGUGAUUUCCUGUGGCCCCAGCCUGGCCCAGCCCCCAGGGGGGGCCCGCUUGCCUUGGCUCCUGCUGCCACCGACCCAGCCACUGUCCGGCCGCCCUCAGCCCCGACCCUCCAGGGGCCUCCCCUCCCAGUGUCUUCCUGUGGGUGGGAGCAGGGGGCGGGGGGGGGGGGGGGGGGGAAGCAGCAGCCCCUGCAGCCCUCCUGGCCCUUCUCCAGGGACGAUGCCGCACCGCGUUGUGUCCCCUCAGGCUCUGUGCCCACAGCACAGCGGGGUGGCCCAGCGUCCCCCACCCCAGGGGAGGCCGCAGCACAGGGAUACUACUUGAAUUUUCCCACCGAAGCCCCUCCUGUGACAGGGGCACAGUCCUGCACUGUCCUGUCCUCCAGCCAGUCGGUGGAGGAGGGGCCCAUUAUCUCCCUGACCCCAGGGCCCGGCCACAGUGACUCGAGCUCUUGUGCCCCUGCCCAGGAAGAGCCCCUGUAUCACUGGCCGCCUCCAUUCCCACAUUCCCUGGACACUGAGGGACUCUGGCAUUGGCAGCAGGUGCAGCUGCCCUCCCUGCGGUCCCCCCUCCCUCCCCCGCCGAGCAUCCGGGCUCAGGGACCACAGAAAGGCAGCUGUGGGUUGUGUCACACUGGCCUAGCCUGGCCCUGAGGUCCCCCGCCCCCCCUGGGCUGGGCGAGGCCUCAUCUGCCUGGGACCAUAGGUGACCAGCCUUGACGGGCCGGGCAGCACAGUGAGAGGGGCCAGGCGGGGCCAGCCCUCGCCACCCUGGGCUGGUCAGUGUGCCCCCCCCCCCCGCCGGGCUGUCCGGCCCCAUAGCCCCACGUCCCGUCAGUGCCACUGCCCACAGGGCGCCACCCCGCCCGCCGCAUGCCCCCUUGUGCCAGUCGCGCUGCCGUGUGUGGUGUCGCGCCCCCUCCCCCUGGGGCUGGGUUGGCGCACCCUCCCUUCCCAUCUACUCCCGGGGGCGCUCCUUUGCCGAGUUUUGAAUGUGAUUUUAAAGAGUGGAAAAUGAGACUAUGCGUUUUUAUAAAAAAUGGUGCCUGA